UGAAAAACUCAAACAUGAGAAAUCUAACAGUUCUGUUUGAAGUCCAGUAAACUAUGAUGAGCAUCUCAAUUUCAACUUGCAACAAUUACCUCAAUUUAUCUCUCUUUCCUUGGAAUCACAAGAAGAUAUCUGAAGAAAGUAAACAUAAAAUUGUUGGUUUUAACUUUACUGGCUAUGGAUUAUUAUUUGGUCGAAGUAUAUAGGACGCCUUAUUAUUAGAAAGCCCUCAUAAGAUGGUCAAAGUUUAUUGUACGGUAUGUCAUAAACGAUGUAAAGGUGAUGUAUUGAAAAUUGAACAACAAUUUGUUCAUUACAAAUGUUUUCAAUGUAUCAAAUGUCGUAAAAAUUUAAAACAAGGUGGAUUUUUUGUUAAAGAUAAAAAUUUCUACUGUCCAAAUGAUUAUCAAACAGAAUUUGGUGUAAGAUGUGAAACGUGUCAUGGUUAUGUAGAAGGUGAAGUUGUUACAGUAUUGGGGAAAACAUUUCAUACUCAUUGUUUUCGUUGUACAACAUGCAGACGUUUAUUCAAUUCAGGUGAACGAACCACCAUCGUGGAUGGAUCUUAUUAUUGUAUGUCAUGUUCAUCAAAUCUUACAAAUGGUGAUGUACUGCAUAAAACUGUCGAUGGUAACGCCCGUGAUAGUAGUGCUGCGGCUGCUACUAUUACCAAUGGAUCGAAUGGUGUCUGUUCUACUUCAUCUUCUCCAUCAUCUAAUUCUGCUUCAUCAAAAUCAGAUCACUUUAAUCCAUUAUCGUUGUCAACAUCUGGUCAUCAAUCACAAACAUUACCUACAAUAAGAACUUCUCCCACUUCUACACCAAUACAUCAUUCAGUUAAUCAUACUGACGGUAAUAACACUCAAAAUCAUAAUCAUUAUCAACAAAAUCUCAUUUCUGACGCUAAUCUUAAAUCAUUUACAUCUCUUAAUGAUCAACUUAGUGUACAAAUUCAUGAAAAUGGAUGUUCAAUUCCUGGCAGUGAAUACCAUAAACAGAAGUUAGAAAUUUGGACUGAACUAGCGAUGUUGAAUUCACUGAAUGAUGUGAAUGUUCUCAAAAAUCUAUCAGAAUAUUAAUCAUUUAAACUCGUUGAAUAAACAAUAAUUCUUACAUUACACAGUGGAUUAGUGAAUGCAAUCGUAGCGUUUGAAAUGAUGAAUACUGGAUUUGUGAAACUUUAGCAUUAUUAUUAUGCAGAUGAAUUCAGCAAAUGAAUUUCAAAUGGUGCGAAACAUACAUGAUAAAUUUAACUAGAAGUUUCUGUCUAAGUGUAUUUAUCAUUUGAUAUACUUAAGUUAUGUAAAAGCUUCUUUCUUAUUAAUUGUAAUUUCGAAAUAAAAUAUUACUCAAAACAUAAGUAGAAUGUGAAAAAUUUUGCCUCAAUUUCAUUUGAUCAUCGUAUUUAAUACUUCGAUUUAUCUCAUUUCAUCUAGUAACUACUUCAUUAUGAUAAUUAAAAGUAUUUGAAUAAAUUUGCUAAUUAAGAAUUCCCAAAAUAGUGCAAUUUAAGGCAGGUUUUUUUUGUUUUAUUUUAUUUUAACACAUAGAUAUUGGUAAAAGGAAGCACCAAAUACAUAUGCGCCACACAAACCUCAUUUGAUUUGUGUGAGGGCUGUAAUACUGCCCGGGUGCUCAAACCGAAACAACUGGUUUUCUUAAGGGGCCACACCCCGAGCCUUCGACCUGAAGGUCUGAUCCACAAGGUAAUGGAGCAUCGUAAGGAGAUGCAGUCUCAUGGUAACCGGUGACCAAUAAUUGGUUCAUACACCAUUUGUUUCCUUAGGAUCCUGGAGUCCAUAUGUAUCAUUGUUUUGGAAUCAAGGUUUUCCAACUCCCCUAGGUGAAUCCUCCAUAUCCACCAACCCGGUUAAAGCGCCGGACAUUAGCUUUUCGUCCUCUCAAUUUCGUAAACAACACUCCCCGCUGCGAGAAGGCAGUGAUUGUGACUUCGCUGGCCGUACCAGGGCAUUUGGGGGCAAUUUAAGGCAGGUAGAACUAAAUUAGCACAAAUGAACGUAUUAUAUUUUUAAUUAGUAAUUAGCGGGCCAUCAACCUUAGAGGAAUCAUUAGUUCGUACAAAGAGCGCAUUGAUACAGUUUCAGUUAUCAAACUGUAACCAAAAUAUGUUUCUUUGAAUGUUAAUUACCGAAAGUCUAUUAUGUAAUGAUAGUUUGACAGAUUGUUCAACAAGUCACUCUCAGUUGCAUUUUUUACUAAAAAUUGUAUAACUUUAAACAUUGAAAAUAGAGUGUUGCUCACUUUACGACACUGCAUUUUUCUGCAAACUUAUCAUGUGGAAUGGUACCUUGUUAAAAAUGUAUAUACACUGUAUGUGAAGACUUUCUAAAUUCAAUUCAAUAAUUCCCUUUCGAAUACUUUGUUCUAACUUUCGUAGAUAAUUGGACAAACUUGUUUUAUUUCAUUUCUAUUUAGUGAAGAUUCGCCAUUACACAAAAUAUCUAACUGUUAUCAGAUGGUCGUUUGUGGAGAUUUUAGUAAUUUUAUAGUUGAACUGAUGAGUCUAUUGAAGCCUAACCACCAUGGAAAACCUGGAAGCAUUGGACGGAAUCUCGUGGGGUGGGAUCGUGGAUGUGCACUGCUAAGGAGUUCCAUACUAGGACGAAACGCCCGUCCAGUGCUUCCAGGUUUUCCUUGGUGGUCUAGCCAUAAUUGACUCAUGAAUUGAACUAUAAAGUAUCUAUAAGUUUUAGGGGUUGUGGAGAUUGUUAAGUUUUAUGAUGGAGAUCAUGAACCGACUGAUGUUAGACCACCAUUGAAAACCCGGAAGCACUGGACGGCCGUUUCGUCCUAUUGUAGGACUCCUCAGCAGUGCGCAUCCACGAUCCCACUCACGGGAUUCGAACCCAGGGCCUUCAGUCUCGCUCGCGAACGCUUAACCUACUGGACCAGUGAGCCGGCAUCUAAUGUUGUUAAUGUCUAACCUCAACCAAUCCACUAAUAUCUGAUUGUCUUAAUCAUUUUAUAUCAUCUUCCAGAAUUUCUUACUUUUCAUAUCCCCUUUUCCGAUUAAUUUUGUUGUUUGUUAUUAAAAUACAACUGUAUAUACGUUUAGAAUGGUUACACAGAUACUAAGAUGACUGAAAACAUUUGUAAUAUGAAUAAUGUAAUACAUUAUUGUUAUUAUCCAGUGGUUGUGUAUACUGUAAUAGUUUCUAUAUGCAUAUGCUCAUCUUUAUUCAUAUAUAAUGUGACUAAGUGAAAGGUUAUAUGUGAAUUGUUCACUGAUCUGUUUUUAAACUUCAUAAGAAUUUUUUUUUGAAAAAUCAAAGUAUGUGUUAGCUGUCUGGUCAUGUACACGUAAAUAAUUUACAUGGAUGUAUCUAAAUUUCUCUUGAUAACAUAUACAUCGUUUGUUUUUAUAAAAAAUGAAAGGCACAUAUCUUCGAGUAGAGGAGGUGAAUAUUACAAUUUACUUGGAUAACAAUUACAAAAUGGUUAAUUAUUUUCAUUAAUGAUUUCUGCAUGAAAUUCACAAUACACAUAGCAGACCGUUGAUUUUUUUUAUUUGAUCACAUAAAUACAUGCAAACCAUUGUUUUGGUCAGAUCAAAUUGAGCCAAUCUACUUGAAUGUUAGUACACUAAAUUGCAAAACACACGGACAAGUAAAUUCACACUUCUAUAAACUAAUACAUAAAAUAUAUAUAAAUACAUGUCUAUGUAAUAAUCGGAUUAGUUUGACCCAGCAUCAAUGACACGUUUUGACGGAUUAUUAUUAUUCACAUGUAUUGGUAUAAUAGUACUGUGACCUACUUUAUUAUUUUUAAAUACAAAAUAUGAAUAAUCAUUUUUUGUAUGCCAAAGAUAACCAAACCAAUGAUCACUCGGCUGGUUUUUGGUUAAUCGUAAGUUAAACGUAAUGGAUUAAAAUAUAAGGUUUCUAGUGUCUGUCUGAUUUAAUAGUUGAUGGUAAUUCACAUCAUGAAUCAGUGUUCGAAUUGCCUUACGUUAUUGGUAAAGACAAGAAGGAUGAGAGAUGGUCGGAAGGCAGUCGCCUUUUUUACGUAUAAGAAUAAUAGUAAUACUAAUCUUCACAGUUUCAGGUCACAAAUUUAUAUCAGCUAGACCGCCUUCGGAAACCUGAGAGCACAGGUCGGUUAUUUAGUGCUAGUAUGGGACUCCUCAGCAAUGAGCAUCUGCGAAUCUAAACCAGGACUUUCUGCCUUGCGCGUAAAAUCAUCCUCUAUACCACUGGGCGGGCUUCCUACGGUUUUACUGUCUAAUUGUGAUCAACUCAUGAUAUUACGCAACCCUCAUUUAGGGCUUCCAGGUUCGCAAUGAUCAUCUAGCCAUGAUCAGUUCAUGAUUCAAAACUAUGGAAAUACCACAGUCGCCACGAAUACCCUAUACUAAUAAUACUGAUCAUUACUUAGUCUCUAAGCUUUUGUACUUGUGAGUGAAUGAUAAUGUUUUAAACUAUGGCGUCAGAUUGUGUUUUAAUUUAUUCAGGGUAUCCGUCUGCUAUUAAUAUGCUCUCAAAUAAACUUAUUAUUCUUUCUAAAUAUACUUACAGAAGAUUGCAUAAUAACAUUAAGGAACACUUUGAAGUCUUAUUUUAAUUUAUCGUUAAAUCUAAGCAUUUAGAUAUUCUAUGAACUUAGAUGACUUAGAUUAAUUACGGUUAUGCAGUAUGGAUUGUAAGGAAAUAAGGUACGAUUCUAAUUGAAUAAAUUUUAGUAAAUUUGGAUUGUGAAUACCACUGGAAUCCAUAACACACAUUUUGCCCUAUUUGGGACAUGUCAUCUGGAAUUGUUCGCAUCACGACGUUGUGGUUUACAUGGAUAGUCUAACUUAGUACGGAAUUCCUUGAUUGCCAACGUACUAACCACUGAGCUACGGAGACCGCCUAACCACACGCGCUUAAUGAGUAUGACGUUUGAAUUAUCCUAUUGUUAUUAUUAGGGAGUGAAUUCGAUCAGUCUCGUUCGGGAUAUGUGGAAUCGAACAAAUCGUCUCAGCAUUGUCAUCUAAUCACCAAUUUUAGUAAAUUAGAACAACACAUAUAAGCGAACAAUUGUUUUCAAUUAGAUCGUCAUCAGGCUUUACUCAAAUAUACAUGAAUAUUCAUACGAAAAUUUUAAACCAAUCAAGGCAAUAUGGGUCAAUAAUCACAAUGUAAUAGAAUAAGUCUCUACACAUAAUAGGUAUUCUUACUAUUAUCAGUUCACCUGUCUUCCUACUAUAAACUUGUACUUUUACCUAUUAUGUGUAGACUUAUUCUAUUACAUUGUGAUUAUUGACCCAUAUUGCCUUGAUUGGUUUAAAAUUUUCGUAUAAAUAUUCAUGUAUAUUAGAGUAAAGCCUGAUGACGAUCUAAUUGAAAACAAUUGUUCGCUUAUAUUUGUUGUUCUAAUUUUCACAAUGGGAAUGUUUAAAAUUCUAGUAAAGUUGAACCUUUAGAAAUGAAUAUAUAUAUCAAGUAUGAACAAUUUAUCAGUUAAAAAUUUACCUUGGUGGUUGGUAUAAAGGAUUGUUUGUUCCUCUUUUGUCAUUUUCAAGUUUUAUUAUUUGAUCACUUGGAUUCACACCUAAACUGUUCCUUAAAUGAUGGAAUUUGGAAGGAUUCAUAUAGGGUAGAUUAUCUACAGAUAUAGAAAAAUAAAGAGAUCCUUCAGUGUUAUUCAUCUAGAAAUGUAUCAGUAGUACAUGUUCCAGAUAACCCGAAAUUUUUGUGUUUUGAAACGAAAAUAACACUAAUGUAAUGAACUGUCAAUCAAAGUAAACUAAAUAAUUCAUCUGAAUGAGAUAAAACGUUUCCUAUAAAUAAUGGGGAGUGUAAAAUCUUGCUGGCGUAAUCCAAAUAUAUCAUAAAUAUUGCAUCACUAGCAGCAUUGAUUGUAUUAAAAAAUCUACCGAAUCUUAGCACUAAGACAAACGAAUUUCAACAUAUAGAGCAAAGGAUACCUCACUUGGUCUGUAUUGAUGUCGUGUGUCUCAACGUGUAAUUUAGAACGCCGUUUCAGAAGACCAUGAAUAACACUUCGUGAACUAGGAUUGUUCGCGUACAUGGCAUAAUGGGACAAAAUGGGGACAAGAAAAGGGUUGAUAGUAGAGACAUAGGAAAUAUUAGUGGUUGAAAAAGGGAAGUCUUUGUAAUUAAGGUACUAUCGAAUGUUGUUGGAGGUUUGCCUCAGUUUGUGAAACAAGAUGAGGUGCUUCAUUUUUAAGACCGACUUUUACAACCUCCUCCUAACGUGAGGAUCGGCAGCGUUGCGUUCCCCAGAUAGAAAUACCUUACUUCCAAAGCACCGCAAUAAGACAUUGCCAUCAGAUCUCAAGUUGUUGCUCUUAGUUUUACCGUCCUCUAGCUGACCUGUCAUGGUAAUAGCUAAAGGAAUUAAUGUUCCACCCAAUACACCUCGUUUUAGUUACCACGAUAAGGAGGCUCAACCACCACGUCCAGGUACCAGCUACAGUUGGAUACUGCUACAAAGUCCCAGGUUGUAAUAAUUCAAUUUUUUAAUACUUCCUGAUUUUUAAUAUUUCUCCAUAGAAAUCGCCUUGAAGUUCAAGCUAACAUCUGAAUACAAUUACCCUAUUUGGUUUCUAAUUUCUAAUUACUUAUGUUACUUCAUUAUAAUUAUAAACAAUUACUCCACAUUGUAAUGAAUUUGAAAAAAAAGUAUUCAGUAUUAUAAAACAAAAGUGAGAUUACAUGACUUAGAAUUACUUUUC